UAUAUUGAUGUAUCUAUCUAUCUUUCUUCUUCUCUUUCAUUCACAUGUAUCCAAAUUCAAACAAACCCCAGUUGACCCAUCAGCCUUUUUCCCCCAAAAAUCUUGCCCCUUUUUUUUUUCUUUCACAAUCUUGCAUGUUUAUACCCACAUAAUUGAUAAUACCAUUUUACACUAGUUUGAUCAAAAGCUUUAAUCUUGAUACAUAAUCUGUUCUGGGUGAAUCUUAUAUUUAACACCCACAAGCCAUUUACUCUUUCUUAAUCAAAAGAUCGAAUCUUGAAUCAUAAAGCUUCAAUCUUGACUCAUAAGGCUUGAAUCUUGAUGGAUAAUAGAACUGGCGUUUCUGAUUCAGCUGAUAUUAUAAGUGGAAGUAGUGGCAUAUCAUAUUUAGGUACAACUACUAUUGAAUCAUCCCCUGAUAUUGGUUCUUUGAAUAAGUUGUCAGAAACCCUAGAAUCUCUCUUGUUAGAACCUACUAAUUCAUAUUCAGAUGCCAAGAUUAUACUUUCCAGUGGCCGGGAAAUCGUGGUCCACCGGUGUAUCCUAUCGAGUCGGAGCCCCUUUUUCAAGAGCAAGUUUGGUGAUAAUAAUGUGAAGUUGAAAUUGAAGGAGUUAGCUUGUGAUUAUGAAAUUGGAUUCGAGUCAUUGUUUAGUGUUUUAAAGUAUAUAUAUAGUGGUAAGAUUAAAGGUUUGCCUAAAGAUAUCUGUGUUUGUGUUGAUGAAGAAUGUUCGCAUGAAGCUUGCCGGCCUGCCAUCGAUUUUGUGGUGGAGGUUAUGUAUGCCUUUCAUGUUUUUCAGAUUCCUGAAAUGGUUGAUCUCUGGCAGAGGCGCCUACUAGACAUUCUUGAUAAGGCUUCAGCGGAUGACAUUCUAGUGAUUCUAUCAGUUGCAAACACUUGUGGGAAAUCAUGUGAAGAACUUCUUUCCAAAUGUAUCGAUAUUUUGGUCAGAUCUAGUGUUGACUUUGUAACUCUGGAUAAAGCUUUACCAGAACAUAUAGUAAAACAAAUUAUGGAUUCCCGUUUUAACCUUGGUUUGGACAAGCCUGGAAGCAGUAGUUUUCCUGACAAGCAUAUAAAACGGGUCCACAGAGCUCUCGAUUCAGACGAUGUUGAAUUAGUCACAAUGUUACUUAGAGAGGGCCAUACAACUUUGGAUGGUUCUUGUGCUCUUCACUAUGCUGUUGCAUAUGCUGAUGCUAAAACAACCACCGAAUUGCUUGAUUUGGCACUUGCUGAUGUGAAUCAUAAAAACUCAAGGGGUUUUUCUGUGCUCCAUGUUGCUGCAAUUAGAAAAGAACCUAAUAUUAUAGUAUCUCUUCUCACAAAGGGGGCCCGUCCUGCUGAUCUUACCCCGGAUGGCAGAAAAGCUCUUCAGAUUUCAAAGAGACUCACUAGAGCGGUUGACUAUUACAAAUCAACUGAGGAAAGUAAAGAAUGUUCUAAAGGUCGUUUGUGUAUUGAGAUAUUGGAACAAGCUGAAAGGAGAAACCCAUUGUUAGGAGAGGCUUCUGCCUCUCUUGCGAUGGCGGGAGAUGAUUUACGUGUAAAGUUGUUGUAUCUUGAAAAUAGAGUUGCACUGGCGAGCCUUCUGUUUCCCAUGGAAGCUAAGGUUGCGAUGGAGAUUGCUCAUGUUGAUGGCACUUCUGAAUUUACAUUAGAAAAUGUAUACUCUCAAAAUUUGGCUAACGCACAGAAAACAAUGGAUUUGAAUGAUGCGCCUUUCUUGAUCAGAGAGGAGCAUCUGGAUAGGUUAAGAGCACUAUCAAAAACAGUGGAACUAGGGAAACGUUUUUUUCCUCGGUGUUCAGAGGUGCUAAAUAAAAUAGUUGACCCAGAAGCAUAUUCAUGGAAAAACACACCAGAAGAGCGGGAAUCAAAGAAGCAAAAGUAUCAAGAAGCUCUAGACAAAGCUUUCAACGAAGACAAAGAAGAAUUCGACAAGUGCUAUGCGAUCUCAUCAUCAUCUUCAUCCACAUCUGGUGUGGUCAAUCCGCAAGUCCCUCAGUUUACUUUUCAAAAAUAGUGAUCCCCUUUUUUCCCCUCAUGAACAGGGGUGACAACCUUUUUACCCACAAAAAUAGUAACCCUUCUUUUGCAUUACAACUGUAAUAUUGUAUAAUGUAAUCACAAAUGAUCGACUUCUUUUGAUAGCUUUAUAACAUAGGAAAUUAUAGUUUGUGAUUGUCACAAACUGCACCUUUUUUCGUUUAUUCUUGUGGCCGUGUUGCGGGCUUGUUUAUAUAAAUAUGAGAAAUAUAUAUAUUUUAUUAUAGAUUCA